AUGCAGCCUGGAGCCUGGCCCCUUUCCACUCCCCAUUUUAGCGUGUCCCUUUGGAGUGUGCCGGGGCUUCGGUUCCUAAACCAAAACGUCGUAAUUCGUACGUUGCGACGACAUUCCCAAAUCGAAGCGACAAAGGCCAAGACAAACGUCGCCCUCCGCCAUCACCAAGCAGCAUCCACAGAUCGAGACGACGAGACGAACAGCAUCAUGACGGUCUUCGCGCUCAUCGUCAUCAACAAGGCCGGCGGUCUGGUCUACAACCGGUCUUUCACAGAAGGUGGCCUCAACCAGCUGAGCACAAACGACUACCUGAUAAUAGCAGGUACAUUCCAUGGUGUCCAUGCCAUCACAACCCGCCUCAAUCCCCUCAAGCACCUCAAGGGAGCCGCGGCGGGCGGCGCAACAGGCGCAUCCGGAAGCCCCAAUGUCGGCGGCACAUCAGGCGCCAACGGCAAACCCCCUCCGGGCACGGUCAUGACACCGGCCGGCCUGGCGCCCAGCCGGCCUGAUCCGCCAUCGGGCCUCGAGGUGCUCGAGACGGAAAACUUCCGCAUGCAGUGCUUCAACACUCUGACAGGCACCAAGUUCCUGCUGUUUACCGACACAGCACAAGCAAACGUCGAUACCACAAUGCGCCGUGUCUACGAUAUGUACUCUGACUACGUCAUGAAGAACCCUUUCUACCAGCUGGAGAUGCCCAUCCGCUGCGACAUGUUUGACCGGAAACUCAACUCGUACAUCCGCGAGAUCAACAACCGGUAG